UGCCAAUCCCGAGCGUUCUGGGGCGCCCAGCCUCCCCUCCUGGCCUCCCACCUCUCCUCCCGCAACCAACGCGGCACAAUGCAUCGCGGUGGGAGGCAGGCUUGGCUCUCCUGCUCCAGGAAGCGAAGCGGCUGCCCCUCCCUCUGGAUCACACAGGGUUUUUGCAGUAGUGGUGACAGCCGGAUUGGGCACCGGGGAAGCGAUUGAUUCCUCUACUGCCCGCAGCCCAGAGUUGCCUACGCUGCCCCGAAAGGGGGAGAGGAAAGAGAGAGAGAGAGAGAGGGAGAGAGAGAGAGAGAGAGAGAGAGAGAGAGAGAGAGAGAGAGAGAGAGAGAGAGAGAGAGAGAGAGACUGAGACUUACAAAACCUUCCAUCCAUGUGGAGUAGUCUGAGCGAAUCACUGCCCACCGUCUGCGGACUCCAACUGCACUUAGUUUUCGCCUCUGCCAGGGGCACGUCUGCUGAUCUUUCAAGCCAAGUCGCCGGGACUUAACAUCUCCCCACCGGCAGGGAAGGCAAGGAGUUGGCAAGAAUUUGGCUCACUCAUUCUGUGGCAAUUCUCUACUGUCCUGGUAUACCAGCCUUCCGCCAUGACUGACACUGUGGUGAACCGAUGGAUGUACCCUGGUGACCGCCCACUUCAGUCAAAUGACAAGGAACAGCUGCAGGCAGGAUGGUCCGUCCAUCCCGGAGCGCAGUCCGACAGGCAGAGGAACCAGGAAGAGCUGACAGACGAGGAGAAGGAGAUCAUCAACCGGGUGAUCGCUCGGGCAGAGAAGAUGGAGGCGAUGGAACAGGAGCGCAUUGGGCGCCUGGUGGACCGUCUGGAGAACAUGAGGAAGAAUGUGGCCGGGGAUGGUGUGAACCGCUGCAUUCUGUGCGGAGAGCAGCUGGGCAUGCUGGGCUCUGCCUGUGUCGUGUGUGAAGACUGUAAGAAGAAUGUCUGCACCAAGUGUGGCGUUGAGACCUCCAAUAACCGCCUGCAUCCAGUAUGGCUCUGUAAGAUCUGCCUUGAGCAGAGGGAGGUCUGGAAGCGCUCAGGAGCAUGGUUCUUCAAGGGUUUCCCCAAACAGGUCCUUCCACAGCCCAUGCCUAUAAAGAAGACCAAGCCUCAGCAGCCGGCUGGUGAGCCUGCCGCCCAGGAGCAGCCUACAGCCCGGGCUCCAGCUCGAGGUGAGAUGGAGGAGAGGAGGGCCCCAGGUCAGAAGCCAGGCCCCGACCUCACCUCUGCUCCCGGGCGAGGAAGCCAUGGGCCUCCCACGCGCAGGGCCUCUGAGGCACGGAUGAGUACAGCUGCUCGGGAUUCUGAGGGCUGGGACCAUGGCCAUGGUGGGGGUGCUGGAGACACCAGCCGGAGCCCAGCAGGUGAGAGAGGUUUGAGGAGGGCUAACUCAGUCCAGGCCCCCCGCCCCGCCCCGGCCUCAAUGCCAAGCCAGGCACCUCCUCAACCUGUGCAGCCAGGGGCCCCUGGGGGCAGCAGGGCCGCUCCUGGGCCAGGACGCUUUCCAGAGCAGAGUGCAGAGGCUCCUCCAAGUGACCCUGGCUAUCCAGGGGCUGUCGCCCCAGCCCGGGAGGAGAGGACAGGACCUGCGGGGGGCUUCCCGUCGUCGUCAGCUCCCCACCCUGCAGGCCCCUAUUCCCAGGGGGCCCCUGCCCGCCAGCCACCACCUGCAGAGGAGGAGGAGGAGGAGGCCAAUAGCUACGACUCGGAUGAAGGAACCACACUGGGUGCCCUGGAAUUCAGCCUUCUGUACGACCAGGACAACAGCAACCUGCAAUGUACCAUCAUCAGAGCGAAGGGACUGAAGCCCAUGGACUCCAAUGGCUUGGCGGAUCCGUAUGUGAAGCUGCAUCUGCUGCCUGGCGCCAGCAAGUCCAACAAGCUGCGAACGAAGACCCUGCGCAACACACGGAACCCCGUGUGGAACGAGACACUGCAGUACCAUGGCAUCACGGAGGAAGACAUGCAGAGAAAGACGCUCAGGAUCUCCGUGUGUGACGAGGACAAGUUCGGCCACAAUGAGUUCAUUGGUGAGACCAGGUUCUCACUCAAAAAGCUGAAGCCUAACCAGAGGAAAAAUUUCAACAUCUGCCUCGAGCGGGUGAUCCCGAUGAAGCGCGCAGGGACCACUGGGUCAGCCCGUGGCAUGGCGCUCUACGAGGAGGAGCAGGUGGAGCGAAUCGGCGAUAUAGAGGAACGUGGGAAGAUCCUGGUGUCCCUCAUGUACAGCACACAGCAAGGCGGCCUCAUUGUGGGCAUUAUCCGCUGUGUUCACCUGGCCGCCAUGGACGCCAAUGGCUACUCAGACCCUUUCGUCAAGCUCUGGCUGAAACCAGACAUGGGGAAGAAAGCCAAGCACAAGACUCAGAUUAAAAAGAAAACGCUGAACCCCGAGUUUAAUGAGGAGUUUUUUUACGACAUCAAGCACAGCGACCUGGCCAAAAAGUCCCUGGAUAUCUCAGUGUGGGACUAUGACAUCGGCAAAUCUAACGAUUACAUCGGAGGCUGCCAGCUGGGGAUCUCGGCCAAAGGUGAGCGCUUGAAACACUGGUACGAAUGUCUGAAGAACAAGGACAAGAAGAUCGAACGCUGGCACCAGCUGCAGAAUGAGAACCACGUGUCGAGUGAUUAGGACCUAGUGCCCCAGUGCCCCCCCCAUCUCCGCCCCAGCUGGUCGCCCCUCUCAGAGCCGCCCUUGCUACCCCUGAGCCUUUAUCUCCCCCACUUCAGACUGCUGCCAAAGACCCGCUCCCUGGGCUGCAGGGUCUGUAUGCGAGCCCUCUCUGGUCCCUGGGAUGGGGGUGGGGUGGGAGUGGAGAGAUGUUUACAAAGGGGCUUGCUCUGGUCUUGAACACAUAUAAGGCCAUGCCCCAUGUCCUGUCUACGUGUCCCCCUGGGCAUCGGCAGACCCUCAGGCUGUAAGGACCAGCUCAGGGGCAGAAAUUGUACAUCGAGGCCGCCUCUGUCCCCCGCCCUCCCCCCCAAACACCCCAGAACAAAACAGACCCACCCCUGACUCUAGACACACCAGGAAAUAGACACACAGAAUACACAGAGGGCCUGCACCCCUUCCUCCAGGAAGAUGCCCACCUGCUUCCUAGGAAAACUAAUCUCCCGCUCUCUCUCUCCCAGCACCACCCUCUGCUGGCUCAUCUUCCACCCAACCAUUGCCCCUCACCCACCCCCGUGCCGGUGCCCCUUGCCAGCCUAGUCAGCAACCUCACAAGCUGGAUAAACCUGGGCCCCACACCUCUCAAGUGACAUCUCCUGUUGGCAUGCCUGGCUGUCCUCGGGCCUGGGGUCUGCAGUGGGCACAGCCUGGGUGCAUGGCAGCCUUCUUCUAGCACUGUAGAUACCUUGAGGUCCAGGAUCUCUUUCUCGUCCCUGGCUCCCCCAAUGGGCACAGAGCUCUGGAUCUGAGGGGACCCCUCCUCCCAGGCCCCACGCUUCGCCCUUCUUCUACUCUUCGGCCAUGAACAAAGGAACCGCCCCUCCUCCCACUCAGAGCCACCUCUGUUCUCUGUCUCUCUCUCUUCCCUAAGGUUCCCGGGGGCGAUCAAGUAGCAGUAUUAUGAACUCUAAGCAGGCCAGGACCCUCUUAGUCGAUCACAAAUCUAUCACAAAGGAAUGUGCCUCUGAGGCUGGAGUCGGGCCGUCUUCCAUGCACAAGAAGAAAGUCUAGUUUUUCCCAUUUUGAUAGUCUUUCCCUGUCAGUGUCCCCAGCCCCAUCACACUGCCCGCCCCCAGGCAGUGUCAGAUCAAGACUAAAAACUCUCAUUCCCAACUCAGUCUUGCUUGUUCCUUCCAAUGUCCCUUGGGAUGUCCCCCUGUCCUCAGGGACUCUUGUGUUGCCCUGAAAUGGCUCUCUUCUAGAAUCAGGUUCUCUGCCUGCUCCAAAGUGGCCGACAGUCCCCCACUACCACCUCCCCCUGACUCUCCGUUUAGUCGUCCGUCCC